ACGAGAAGAAACUAACCACAUGGAUUGCAAUUUGCAAACAUACCAGCUUUGUUUCAUUCUUAAGCAACACCUUUUUCAGGCAGAUCUAAGGAAUUUCCAUUGCAUUCCAAAAUUUCUCAUGCACAAAACUAUGACUAGCUACCAACUGUAUAAACUGAUUCGUCACUCACAUUCUUUAUUCUAUCCACCGCCUACUUUACGGCCUCAAACAACUAGCUCUAGACAUGCAUGCAUGUAUUUAUGUUCCGCUAAAUUCUUUCCAUAUUUCAGUACAAACUUCCCUCUCCCAUUCCAUGUAACGUAGCCCGCCCGCCACAAACACAGCUCAUCGGCCGCCUGUCCCGACGUCGCCUAUAAAUAAUCAUCUAUAUUGCUCCAUUUUGCCACAUCUCUAUUCAGAGCAUAGUAUACAAUGGCUUUCUCUGCAAGAAUUAACAAUACUAGUAGUGUAUGCAGUUUGCUAAUUAUUUGCCUAUUCUUGCUUGCAUUCGAGGCAAGAAUGAGUUUAGCUUCAGGAUUUGUUCAAACUAGAGGAACACAUUUUGUGUUGGACAAUUCUUUGUUUCUCUUCAAUGGAUUCAACGCUUACUGGAUGAUGCAAGUUGCUGCACAGCCGAGCCAAAGGUACAAAGUUUCAAAUGUAUUUCGUGAGGCUGCGGCUGCUGGUCUCACUGUUUGUCGAACAUGGGCAUUUAGUGAUGGAGGCAACAAAUUAGCUCUUCAAAUAUCUCCCGGUGUCUAUGAUGAAAACGUCUUUCAGGCACUUGAUUUUGUGGUCUCAGAGGCAGCUAAAAACAAGGUUCGCCUGAUUCUGAGUUUGGUCAACAAUUAUCAAGAUUUUGGUGGGAGACCUCAGUAUGUGGAUUGGGCUAGAAAUGCCGGCAUCCGAACUAGCACUGAUGAUGAUUUCUACACCAAUGUCGUUGUAAAGCAAUACUACAAGAAUCAUGCAAAGAAAGUACUUACCAGAAUCAACACGAUCACUGGAGUUGCUUAUAAAGAUGAUCCAACAAUCAUGGCUUGGGAACUCAUAAAUGAACCUCGCUGCCAAGCAGACUACUCUGGCAACACUGUGAAUGCUUGGGUGCAAGAAAUGGCCUCAUAUGUCAAAUCCAUUGACAACAAACACCUGCUGGAAAUAGGCAUGGAAGGGUUCUACGGAGACUCAAUUACUGACAGGAAACAAUACAAUCCGGGCUACCAAGUCGGUACAGAUUUCAUUCGCAGCAAUCUUAUCAAGGAGAUUGAUUUCACAACUAUUCAUGCAUACCCUGAUGCCUGGCUAUCGGGGCAGGAUGAUGAUGGGCAGAUGGCAUUCAUGCGAAGGUGGAUGACAAGUCACUGGACGGAUUCUAGGACCCUUUUGAAGAAACCAAUGGUUUUCACUGAAUUUGGCAAGUCGAGUAAAGAUCCAGGUUUCAGCAUAGCAUCAAGAGACUCAUUCCUCAGUGCCAUAUACAGUAACAUUUUUAAUCUUGCAAGAAGUGGAGGAAUUGGAGGCGGCUUGGUUUGGCAACUUGUGUCUGAAGGAAUGGAAUCAUACUCCGAUGGAUAUGAAAUUGAUUUGUUUCAGACUCCAUCAACAAGCUCUGUUAUAAGCCAACAGUCACGACAAAUGACAGCCCUUGAACACAAGAUGAGCAGGCCAUGAAUGAUUCUUUCCGAUAUGUCCUUUAUUAUUUUCUUUAUUAUUAUUGCUAUAAUUAUUAUUAUUUCCUUUUCAAAUUCAAAAGUGAAAGAGCUGUUUGAGCACCACCUGAUUAAAUGAUGCUUACUUCUGUAUCUCUGAAGGGAAAAGUGAAGAUUAUGUGCUCUAGUUUUUGUUUUGCUCGUGAUGAGUUAAAAGAUUAUGUUUUUAUGACUUC